AUGAGCCGCUCGCACCACUUUGGCGUGCUCAACACGCUUUUCUUUCGGAGGGCGGUUGGCCUUGUUGACCCGUCGCCGCUCGGCCUGCUUACGUUUCUCUUCUUGAUAUUUCUUUUCUUCUUCGCUGUCGGGAGUACUGUCCGGUCGAUUCCGUCGUUCUGCACGCAGCUUGGCUCGGGCUUCCGCCUUCUCCUCCGCUCGCUUCUCAGCUUCAGACUUCUCGGGCGGUGGGUUUUCCUCUUCGACACACGCGCCAUGGACGCCGCCCGCGCGUUGCCCAUGGCCUUGUUCGACUUGGCCAGCUCUUCCAUCGUCUUCCGUAUUUCCUCGCUCUUGGACUCUUCCACAUCCGUGGCCCCUCCAACUACCAGGACCAACGGUGGCCCCGUCACUGGUACUUCAUCCUCAGUCUCACUUCCCGCAGCUGCUGGCGCCGUUGCGGCGGCCUUCGGCUUCUGGGCGAUUUCCUUCGAGUUCUUUGCAUUGCUCUCAGUUCCGUAG